UCAGGCGACCUGCGUCGAAACACCCACCACCGCACCCCCGACUCCCCAGAGAUCCUAUCCCAGGUAAACAGCCUUGUCGGUGGGACUCCCAACCCUCCAGAUCUCCCCCGGUCCGCUCCAGCCAUGGACGAGCUCCAGAGGAAAAGCCCCCAGCGCUACGAGGGGUGCAAGCCCAGGAAGGUGAGGUUCAAGCUGGCCUCGUCCUACAGCGGCCGGGUGCUGAAGCACGUCUACGAGGACGGCCAGGAGCUCGACAGCCCCGAGGAGAAGUACCCUCACAGCUUCAUCCACACCAAGAUGCACCCCGGUCAUCUGGAGAUGGAGCAACUGUGUGGCUUCCAGGACGCGCAGGACCCCCAGGGCUUGUACCCCCCCACCGGCGUCAUUGCACAGAGGAUCAAUGUUUACAGAGGUGGGGGGGGAUACAGGGCCCCCGUGCAUAGCGACGCUACAGAGGCGGACCCCAAUUCUUCAGUGUUGGACUUCGGGAAGAUAAUCAUUUACACCAGCAACCUGCGGAUCAUCCGAGCACCACAGAGGAAGGCGGAGCCUGUGAGAGCACUGGCGCCCCCUGGUGGACUGGAGGAGCCCAGCCCACGGAGCAGGGAGAAGGGCGGCAGGAGAAGGCUAAUAGCGGUGUGUGCCCAGGAGGAGAAACUAAACCCUGAGCCACAUGUCCAG